UCACACUGCCCCACACUCUGGGAGGAAGAGGUGGUGAACACAUGAGGCUUGGGUUGGGUACUGUGACAACCAUCUUAAAAUAAAUGUUAGAGAAAAAAGUCAUUUAAGUAAAGACAGAGAGCAGAAGAGAGAGAGAGACAGUCCAAGCUUCAGAUUCCUCUGCAGAGAUGAAGAUGAGCAGUGUGUGGUGUUUGGCCCUGGGGCUUGUCCUGCUGACAGUGUCCUGUGGUGCAGAGCCUCAUGGCAUUGGUCAUCCUGAUCAGUGCUGUUUCAAAUACACCACUGUUAAAAUUCCACCUAAGCAGAUCGAUAAAGUUGAGAAAACAAGCCUCCAGUGCCCAAUGCCUGCUUUUGUGGUUACAACAGCAGCUGGGAGAAAGUUCUGCGUGCAAGAAUUCCCAAAGAUCUAAAAAAGUCUGCUGAUUAUUUGUGUUACAGCUUUUAUACAACCCAACAGCACAACUUUGUGUCUAACAAGCAUUUCAUCAUGUUUAAUUCAGCUUUUCUUUAAUCAGUCAGUGUGUUGCUUUCUGUCAGUGCUAAAAGUAAGUUUUACACCUUUUAAAAUUUGAUGCUCAUAACUUUUUUCAAUACUUGAAUAAUAAAAUU